AUAGCAAAGACUUUUACUUUAAAGUAAAAAUUCAGUUUAUCUGAAAAUUUUUUAAUACAGCUUUAAAAUGGAGUUUAAAUGCUGUGUACCCGGCUGCAAAAAAGAUGCUCAAAUGCAUAUUUUUCCGAAAAAACAAGAGAUAUGUCCACCAGGAAAAGGGCACAGUGGACCGAAGAGGCCAUUGAAGCUGCAAUGAAUGCCGUACGAGAUGGCAUGGCUGUUUAUAAGGCAGCACUUACAUUUAAUAUUCCUCGGCGUACGUUACGAAACCAUCUAGCUAGUGGCAGUUUACAAAAACGAAUUGGUCGGCGUCCAGUACUUACAAAACUCCAGGAAGAAGAAUUGGUUAGACGUAUAGGAAGAUUGUGUGACGUUGGUAUGCCAUUAACCCCCAAAAUAUUACGAAAAAAUGUGUAUGCUUUUGUAAAAGAGGCAGGAAAGGCAUCCAUUCUCAGUUAA